AUGUCAUCCCCAUCCCUUCCAAUCACCACACUGCCCCCCAGCCCACUUGCCAUGGAGUACCUAAACGACUUCGACUUGCUCAAGUUUGAAGCAAAAGCAGACUCUCCUCCCCCUCCUCAGACAUGUUCGAAUCUGGAAUCAGACCUUCAGAUGCAGGAUGUCUCAGGUUCCCCCUAUGUGGUUCGCCUUCCACCGGAUUCCAGUCUCAGCUCCAGCCCCUACACCUCCAUGCCUCCCUCGCCAACUCUGAGCGAUGCUCAUCCGCCACCAUCUGCAUCUUCUUCCUCCUCCUCAUCGAUGUCCUUCCCUCUUUCAAUCUCUGCCAGCUACAUCUCUGGAUUAAACAGCACCUCUCAGGGGAAUCUUGACUGCAGCCCUGCACCUGGUGUAACAACCCAGUGUCCAAACCCUGCAUCUUUGGAAGACCUGAUCUGGCUGGCUGCACUCCAGCAGCAGUUUGGAGGCGAUGCUGGGGGUGCUGCUUCUCUUCUAGAGGCCCUAGGCAGUGCACCAGAAAAAAAUGACAGGGACAGGGGAGUCGUUGGGGGAUUUAUAGGGUGUGAGAAUGCAGUAGAAGCUUUGCUUAACUCUGCUGCCGCUGCUGUAAGUUCACAGUUUCCUGUUCUCUCCCAGAGCUCCGGCGGCAACAAUCUUGGAGACUCAAGUAGUGAAAGUGGAGGUGAUGUAAAGACCUCAGAGCUGUGUCAUCGUCCUCUUCUGUUUGUCGCCUCCGGACAUCCAUCUCUCCACAAUGGUAACCAACCUCCAGGGCCAUAUCCACAGUCCCCUAGUCCUUCAUCUCGCCUUUAUCACCUGCAAAAUCACCAUCACUACCAUUCUCAUCAUCUCAUUGAUGACCAUCACAGUCACCAUCAUCACCAGCUUCAAGCUAGCCAGUCUGGACUGGAUGAUCGUUUUUCCGAUGAGCAGCUUGUCAGUCUAUCUGUGCGGGAGCUGAACCGGCACCUGCGUGGUGUAAGUAAAGAUGAGGUGGUACGUCUGAAGCAAAAGCGCCGUACGCUGAAAAACCGAGGAUAUGCCCAGUCCUGCCGGUACAAACGACUGCAGCAUCGACAUGCACUGGAGUCUGAGAAGCACAUCCUCACCCAACAGCUGGAGCAGCUGCAGUGUGAGCUGACCCGUGUGUUGCGAGAACGAGACGCCUACAAAGCUCGUUACGAGAAGCUUGUUAGCUCCAGCGAGGCUCCGACCACUCAAACGAACGACCAAUCCUCCCCUCCCUCGGACUACUUUCUGUAA